AUGGAUGCUUUCAAGCUGCUGACGAGGUCAACGAACUUAAAGUCAGCCGCGCAGACAACAGCAAAGUCCACUGCCCGUCUGCCUUCAACGGGCAAGGCGGCGAAUCCGCAGCUCUUCCGAACCGCCGCGGGCGAGAAGCUCGAAUCGGCGCAAAAUCAAAAGAAGAGGAAGAGAGCUGCGGCUGCUGUUGAAGAGGCUGAUGAGCACGACACCCCAGACUUGGACUUUUUCCAAUCAUCGAAGCGGUCGUCUGCGGCCAAGACGGAGGUGUCAGAGUGUGCGCAAAGCGUACAGGAGCAGACGACAGAACAGGAUGAUGGAUCUGACGAGGAAGAUGAGAUGGACGAAGUUGAACGUCGUACCAUUCUCAAUUCCCACAAGAUCAAAGUCACCGAUCUGCGGGAUAUAGAUGACAUUCCUUCUCAAAUUGCCCCGGAGACAGAAUCUAAAAAACAGAAAAAGACGAAGAAGAAGCAAAAGAAGGACGAACCAUCCGUUCUGAGCAAGAAGGAGCUGAAACGAGCGCGUCGAUUGUAUCCGCAGCCGUUGACUUCCUUCAAGGAGCUGCGCGCAAGAUAUAAGAUCUCAAGCCGACUCGCAGAGAACGUGGCAGAUCAGGGCUUUACAGUCCCAACGGAAGUGCAGCUGGGCACAUUGCCACUUCUCCUCGGUGGCCUUUCUGGCUCAUCAAAGUCAGCUGAAGAGCCAGAUCUACUGGUUGUGGCUCCCACUGGAAGCGGUAAAACGCUUUCCUUCCUGAUCCCUGUGAUCAACAAGAUUGUUCGACAUCAUCACUCCCCGCAGUCCGAUGAGCAUGGCAUCUUGUCUAUCGUGGUGGCUCCAACCAAGGAACUAGCCAGUCAGAUCGUCAAUGAGGGUCGAAAGCUAGUAGCUGGUACCGGCGUCAAAAUCACAUUGAUGAAGAAGGGCAUGCGUAUCGUGGAACGCAGCGAUGAUGACGAGAAGGAAGCAGACGUACUUGAUGAGAAUAGCGAUGCCUCGGACUCGGAAGACGAAGGAGAAAGAGAAGGAGAAGAAGACGACGAGAAAAUGAAGACACCGCUCAAAAAAAUCCCCAUAACGAAGAGUGACAUCCUUGUUACCACCCCACUGCAACUGGUCAACGCCCUUUCAGAACACCAAACAAAACCCUUGGCUCAACUACCACUCGUGCGCAGCUUGAUUUUGGACGAAGCUGAUGUGCUUCUUGACCCGCUCUUCCGCGAGCAGACGCUCAGUAUAUGGCGUUCCUGCACUCACCCGGACCUGCGUGUGAGCCUCUGGUCAGCAACCAUGGGCUCCAAUAUCGACGAUCUUAUCCGGUCGACUAUCAAAGAGCGACGGGUUGGAAUGGGCCUGCCAAGCGCCAUCCAGGACCCUCUCAUCCGCCUGGUUGUCGGACUCAAGGACUCUGCUAUCCCAAAUAUUGAGCAUAAGCUUGUGUACGCCGCUACCGAGCAAGGCAAGCUGCUCGGUCUCCGUCAGCUCCUUCACCCGGCCGCUGCCUCGGCUUCCGAUGUCCGUCUUCGCCCGCCAUUCCUCAUCUUCACCCAGACCAUUCCCCGUGCUAUUGCGCUACACUCAGAGUUGAAGUACGACAUUCCCGCGGAAGCUGGCGGCUCGUCCCGGAUUGCCGUGCUUCACUCUGACCUGUCCGAUACGCAACGCUCCGAGAUCAUGCGAGACUUCCGCAAGGGCGAGAUCUGGAUCCUCGUGACCACAGAUCUACUGGCUCGUGGUGUGGAUUUCCGCGGCAUUAACGGUGUGGUCAACUACGAUAUUCCCAACUCGGCUGCUGUUUAUGUCCACCGCGUCGGCCGAACUGGUCGCGCCGGACGUACGGGAGGUAUUGCAGUCACCUACUACACCAAGGAAGAUAUCCCUUACGUCAAGAGUAUUGCCAAUAUCAUCGACGUCAGCGAGAAGUUGCGCGGAGACGGCAGCGAAAAAUCCAUUCAGAAGUGGUUGCUUGAUUCACUACCGGAUUUGAGCAAGAAAGACAAGAAAGAACUCAAGAAGCAUGGUGUCAAAGCCCGACAGGUGUCCAAACAGGUGGACAAGAAUGGCAAAGACGGAGAUGGCAAGGGCGCUCGCGGGAUGCGCAUCAGUACGAAGAGUGGAUUCGAAAGACGCAUGGAGAAUCGUAGAAAGGGAGCCAUUGAGGCGAGCCGCAAACGCAAGGCAAACUCGAGUGCGCAUGCCGGCGGCGAUAGCGACAAGGAGAGCUGGAAGGGGUUGGAUGAUUGA